UUUGGCGACCAGCGCCCGCUGCCAUUAGGCGGUCCCAACGCUGGGUGGGGGUGGGGGGUGUCUCUGCCCUGCCCCCCCCAAGCCGGCUGGCGGGGAGCCCGCGCACCCAGAAGAGCGCAGCAGCCGGCAGAACCGGCUCGCGCUGGGCGUUCGGAGUGGAACGGUCUCUGCGGGGGCGUGGCCGGAGGUCCUGACCGCCGCCUCUCUUUCCCUAACCCGCCCCCCCCGCCGUUCUUUCUGCGCUUGCGCGGGGGGCGUCUGCCGGGGCGCCGCGUGCGCUUUGGUUUCCCCUGCCGGCCGGAAGUUGUGCUGCCUUCCCGAGUGCUUCUGUCAACAUGGCCGCGGCGAGCGGGCGGCGCCGGCUUAUCUGGGCAGCAGCUGCUGCACUUGUCUUGACUUUAGAUGCAGCUUUUGUGGAAGACUUAGAUGACUCGUUUAAAGACAAUCGUAAAGAUGACAUUUGGCUUGUAGAUUUUUAUGCACCUUGGUGUGGCCAUUGCAAGAAAUUGGAGCCUGUGUGGAAUGAAGUUGGUGUAGAGAUAAGAAGCAGUGGGUCUCCAGUAAAAGUUGGGAAGAUGGAUGCGACUUCCUAUUCCAGUAUUGCCUCUGAAUAUGGAGUUAGAGGUUAUCCAACAAUUAAACUCUUAAAAGGUGACUUGGCAUACAACUAUAGAGGACCUAGAACCAAAGAUGAUAUAAUUGAAUUUGCUAACAGAGUAGCAGGGCCUCUUAUCCGGCCACUUCCUAGCCAGCAAAUGUUUGAACAUGUGCACAAGAGGCAUCGUGUACUUUUUUUGUAUGUUGGUGGGGAAUCUCCUUUAAAGGAGAAAUACAUAGAAGUUGCUUCAGAACUAAUUGUCUAUACAUACUUUUUUUCUGCCUCAGAAGAGGUGCUACCUGAGUAUGUGACACUGCCUGAAUUGCCUGCUGUUGUGGUCUUCAAAGAUGGGACUUACUUUGUAUAUGAUGAAUAUGAAGAUGGUGAUCUAUCAUCUUGGAUAAACCGAGAGAGAUUCCAAGCGUAUCUUAAUGUAGAUGGGUUUACACUCUAUGAACUUGGAGAUACAGGAAAACUUGUGGCGAUUGCGAUUAUUGAUGACAAAAACUCUUCAGCUGAACAUACCAGGCUAAAGUCUGUUAUUCAAGAAGUCGCUAAAGAUUACAGAGACCAUUUUCACAGGAACUUCCAGUUUGGCUAUAUGGACGGUAACGACUAUAUUAAUAGCUUACUAAUGGAUGACUUGACAAUCCCCACUGUUGUCGUAUUGAACACUUCCAACCAACAGUAUUUUCUACCAGAUAGACGCAUUGAGAGUCCUGAAGACCUGGUUCAGUUCAUUAAUAACAUCUUAGAUGGUACAGCCGAAGCACAAGGUGGUGAUGGGUUUCUGCAGCGAAUCAAGAGAAUAAUUUAUGAUGCCAAGUCUACUGUAGUGUCUGUAUUCAAGAGUUCUCCACUUCUGGGCUGCUUUCUCUUUGGUCUGCCACUGGGUGUCAUUAGCCUCAUGUGUUAUGGAAUCUGCACAGCUGAUACCGAUGGAGGUGUAGAGGAAAAUGAGACAUCUAAAAAGGAAACUGGAGAUAGGGAACUUACAGAUGAAGGCAGUGAGGAAGAACAAGAGCAGGAAAACAAAGAAAAAUCUGCAGAACUUUCAGAUGGAGAACAUGGACAGAAACAUAUAUUUGAUAAGAAAAAAGACUAAGUUGCCUAGUUUAAAGAAUUCUGUAGAAUUUCCAAAUAGCCUUAUUUAUUGAAGUGAGUCAUUUAAUGAUGAUCUUCACAGAAGAGGACCUUUUGUCUGUAUUUUGCUAGUUUUGACUUGCAUGUAUUCAGAUCUUCUUCUCAAAUACGGUCGGGGGAAGGGUGGGGACCCAAAUGCUUUCUUAAUUAUUUUUGAUUAACAUUUUAUUAUUCUGACUAUUGUCUCUGAAGAUUAAUAUUCCUAAACUGUUUGUUCACAGGCAACAAUCAGGUAAAAUAUGCUACAUGUGAUAAUCUAGUAACGUUGUGGCCGACAUACAUCAGGAUCAUCUUUUUGUGGGAACAGAAGUGGAAAAGUUGCAGGAAAGCUUAGAAUGAAAUACGUAAAUUUUACAGACCCUUUGAAAUUGUGAUGGCUAAAGAUGGCUUGAGCUUUCCAUAAAAACACUCUUAUUUUAGCUACUGCACCUUAUUUUGAAAGAAAUACCUUUUGUACGUUUUAAAGUUAAAGAUAAUUUGUUGUUAUUUACAGAAGUGCUUUGUUAUAUGACAGUACUAAAAUCAAUUACUGGCAGUUUUCCCCAGAAGUUGUGUUAAAUGCAAGACCUAAGAGAGAGUUAUUUAUUAAAAUAGUUCCUUACUAACUAAUAUUUUAAACAAGUAAAAAUUGUUUGGGGAUUGCAUUGUAAAGAAGUUUUGUCAUGGGAAUGCUAGUCCUUGAUUGGGCUUUACAAGUAAAACUUACUAAUUUUUUUCCUAGUAUAAAUUAUUUACAGAUUCUGAAAAAUCUGGGUGCAGCUUGAUGGUGGAAGAAUAAAUAUAAGCAUCCACAGUCGUCUAAUCCUCUCAUACAGAUCUGUAAGGACAGGCUUUAACCAAAUACCUUUUCAAAACUUUUUUUGAAUGGUUUAUGAUUCAUAUUAAUCUUAGGUUUCAGAGUAGCAGCCGUGUUAGUUUGUAUUUGCAAAAAGAAAAGGAGUACUUUUGGCACCUUAGAGACUAACAAAUUUAUUUGAGCAUAAGCUUUCGUGAGCUACAGCUCACUUCAUCGGAUGCAUUCAGUCCAGCAUCCGAUGAAGUGAGCUGUAGCUCACGAAAGCUUAUGCUCAGAUAAAUUUGUUAGUCUCUCAGGUGCCACAAGUACUCCUUUUCUUUUUAUUAAUCUUAGGCUAUGUCUACACUGGCAGAGUUUUUUUCGCCAAGAGCUUAAAGAAAACCGCUGUUAUGUGUUCACAUUGUCUUCCACUGGCGGGAUAGCAUGCUCACACUUGCGGCACUUGCAUCGCCAAUGAGAGCAGUGCACUGUGGGUAGCUAUCCCACGGUGCAGCUCUCCCCCUUCUGCCACUAGGUUUUGUGGGAAGGCAAAGGGGAUCGCAGCGGAUGAGGCUUCAUUGACCCAUGACCCGUCCCAGCAUUCCGUGUGCUUCUGUCUUCAGUUCGCGGCAUUUUUCAACGUCCCUUGUUUUGCUUUCCCCGCCACAUCUAUCUGCAGGAAUGUAUCCUGCACUGCUCUCCACUGCUCUGCUAGCUCUCACUAGCACAUUGCAAGUGGCAGUGGAGUUAUUCUUGCAGUUACAAAGGCAGCAGCAGUUACAAUUGCCUGACGUGGUGUCCGACAUUCAAAGCAGCAACAUUAGAUUGCUUUUGACAUUCACAGAGGAACUGAACACAGUGGAACGUCGCUUUUGGGCUCGGGAAACUAGAGCACAGAGUGGUGGGAUUGCAUUGUUAUGAAAGUCUGGGGUGACAAGCAGUGGCUGCAGAACUUUCAGAUGCCCUGGAACUGUGUGCUGAGCUCGCCCCAGCCCUGCCGUGCAAAUGACCCAAAAGGACUCCCAAAUGAGAUCUGCCCUCUCGGUAGAGAAGCAUGUGGCAAUCGCAGUGUGGAAACUGGCGACUCGCAAACUAGUUUGGAGUGGGGAAGUCGACUGUUGUGCCUGUGUUAACGCAAGUGUGCAAGUCUAUUAAUCGCAUCCUGCUGCAAAAGACCGUGACUCUUGGCAGUGUGCGUGAAAUUGUGGAUGGUGUUGCAGAAAUGGGUUUCCCUAACCGUGGAGGGAAGAUAAAUGGCAUGCAUAUUCCAAAUCUGGCACCGGACCACUUUGCGAUCAAUUGGAAGGGAUACUUCUCCAUGUUUUUUCAGGCGCUUGUGGAUUACAGUGGCAUUUCGCUGACAUUAAUGCGGGGUGGUCUGGAAAGGUGCAUGACACAUGUAUAUUUAGAAACACUGGCCUGUACAGAAAGCUGCAAGCAGGGAUGUUCUUUCCAGACCAGAAGAUCACUGUAGGGGAAGUCAAAAUGCCCAUAGUGAUCCUGGGAGACCCAGCAUACCCCUUAAUGCCGUGGCUCAUGAAGCCGUACACUGGAAACCUAGAUAACAGUAAGGAGCUGUUCGACAACAGGCUGAGUAGAGCAGAGUGACCGUUGAACGUGUGUUUGGCCAAUUAAAGGCACACUGGUGAUGCCUAAAUGGCAGGCUAGACCUGAAUGAGGAAAAUAUUCCCAUUGUUAUAGCUGCAUGUUGUACGCUGCGUAAGAUUUGUGAAGGGAAAGGCGAACGGUUUACUCAGGGGUGGACUGCCGAGGCAGAACGCCUGGCUGCUGAUUUUGAAUGGUUUAUGAUUCACAUUAAUCUGAUUUUGAACAGCCAGAUACCAGGGCUAUUAGAGGGGCUCAACAAGAAUCAGGGAUGCCUUGAGGCAACACUUUGAAGAUGAAAAUCACUAAUGUUUGUUGCUAUGCUUGGUACUGCAAUGAUUAAUUACAUUUGGUAUGCUAGGAAACAGUUGUGGUUAAGACCUAGGAUUCAACGUAAGGAACUAAUAAAAGUGCCUGUUGACUUCCAGGUGCUAUGAGGUAUCUAUCAUACCUUGCAUGGAAACAAAUAAAGAGUGCUUAUAAUUCAAAAAACUUUGCUUUUAUUGCCAAAUAAACCACAACACCACAUUGACACAUACACACAGACACACUUUUGGUGGGGGAGAAGGUACAGGCGGGGGGAUGAUUUUCAUAGCUGAGUAUAGGUCCAGCUUUCAUUUGAAAAGCUGUCUGCGAGGAUGAAGUGUUGAGUAAAGCGUCAAGUGCCAGAAAGGACUGUGUAGGGAGAGUUUGGGGAGUGCAUGAGAAAGAGUUCUGAAUGUGCUGAAGGGGAGGGCGGGCACACAUCUGCUCAGUCUGCAGUGUUACGAGAGUCUGGAGCAUGUUUGUUUGAUGCUCCAGCACUCCAGCCUCUCUCUGGCAUCCCAAUUGUAAGAAUUCUUCUCUUGUUUUUUCUGCUUUUUGCUUUCCCUCCACUUCUUGCGUUCAGUGUUUUCUGCCUCUGACUGCUGCAGCACCACCUGGAACAUAUCUUCCUUGGUCCAUCUCAGCUGUUUUAUUGUCUUGUGCAGAUGCUCUGUUGCUGUUGGGGGGUUGAUUCUCAAGGUCAAGUCUGGAUAGGCAUAAUUAACAAUAAACAGAAGCACUAUUGUCAACUACACACGGAGCACUGAAACAGUAACAUUAAUACACUGCUGGUAACAUACCUAUCACUUUUUUGGUGAUACUAGGAAGCACACAUGAGGCAGAAGACCCCAUGAAUGGUGAGUGAAGCCAGGAGCAGGGGCCUUGUUUAUGCAGAAAAGCAGUCUGAAAAGGUUGCGGGACACUUACAGGGAGCAACACUCUAAACUUUCUCACUAUUUUCCACGGUUGAUGGUCACUAUGGAAGAUAUCUCACUCCUGAGGGUAAGCAGGGAAGCAAGGGUGGAUCUGCUACAUGCUUGCAGCUUCUACCCGAUUCCUAUGUUGCUAGCCUGUGUGCUCCAUGCCCAAGUAAUUGCAGAGUGGUGUGGGAAAGUGUCUCUCAAUGGGGGAAGGAACAAAAGCAGCUCUGCCAAGGAACCUCUGGCAGAGGAUUGCUGAGUACCUCCAGGAAAGUUUCCUAGAGAUCUCUAUGGAGGAUUCCCACGAAAUCUUGGCGUGCAUCAUCUGCCUGUUCCGCCUAACUGUGCAGGGAAAUGCCCAGCACACAGAAACAAAGCCAGCCUUCUACAUUUCUCUGCCUUCAACCCGCUUCAGAAAUUCACAAAGCACUUACCAGGGGUCUCCUCUCCUGCGUCUGGUUCGCUAGAGAGCAACUUCAGAGACUGGAGUGGAGGACAGCUUCUGACUGGGCUCCACAUCAUCUUCGGGCUCCACAUCUUCAUCAAUGACCUCUGGGUUAGGUCCACUUCCCACUGGCUCCAGACCUGCUGAAGUAUCAAUGGUGCUCUUUGCAAUGGAGGUGGGGUCGCCACCUAGGAUAGCGUCCAACUCCUUAUAAAAACGACAGGUCUGGGGCACAGCACCGGAGAGACAGUUUGCCUCCCUCGUCUUGUGGUAUGCGUUCCUCAGCUCCUUCACCUUUGCUCUGUCCUGCAGCGUGUCCUGGUCAUACCUUUUUCAUGCAAGCUGCGUGCAAUCUGGCCGUAGGUAUCAAAAUUCCUUCAGCUGAAGCCCAGCUGGGGCUGGACAGCCUCCUCCCCCAAAACAUUUAUCAGAUCCAGUAGCUCUGCAGUGGUCCAAGCGGGAGAUGGUUUGCUGCAUGGAGCCUCCAUGGUCAGCUGAGAAAAUGCGAUGUGAGCUCUGCACGCUGAGCAAACAGGAAGUAGAAUUUCAAAAUUCCCUUGGCUUUAAAGGGGGAGUGGCAGAAUGUUGUUUACCUGGCGUCAGGUCAGCAGAGUUGAAACUGCUGACCAGAGUGGUCAGGAUGACCGUCCGGAGGCCAAUAGCAAUGCUAAAAUCAAGCACGGUGUCUACACUGGCACUAAGGGGCCAAAGUCUCGGCGCAAAAAGCCCAAUAACUCUCAUUGGGGUGGUUUUAUUACAGCGCUGCAACUGAGGAUUUUCAGCGCAAAAGUGCUUUUCAGCACGUACGCCUCUGCUGUUUUGUCGCCAAAAGUUUCCUUCGGAUGAAAAAACUUGCCAGUGAAGACCAGACCUUAAGUGCAGAUUGUGACUUAUUUUUUAAAGAGAAAAACAUUUUAUUUAAAAAGAAAUUUUUGAGCAAGGGUUGGUGUUGAUACUUGCGUUUGAACCUACAAGUUGUAGACUGUGGAAGAAAAGUUAAUGGAGCCAUUGUUAGCACUGAUAGAAAGAGGGAUAUUUGUCAGUGGAAUGCAUUUUCAUUAGCUAUUUAAUCAUGAAAGUCAUUUUUAAUACAACCCCAUGACACUGAACGGGACUACAUUUUUUCCAGAGUUGAGAUCUCAAGGGAUAACCUGUGAUUCUUUGGUUGGCAUUGAUGCCACGGAGAUUUCCAUAGCAAACAAACUUAUGCUCCUCUUUCUCUCAGUACUGAAGCUAUAUAAGAUUCAGUUGGAUAGUGAGCCAUGAGUUUUUCUAGCUUUGAUGUUUUUAAAGGACAUAUUACAAUAUAAUAUAUAUAAUAAUGUCUUCUGUAUAAGGCAGCUUAAUCACUUAAUAUAUUACAUGCUAUAACACUGAAUUAAGAGAAGUAGUUCUAAAUAUAAAUAUGGAUAAUCUUAAAUAGAAGAUUUUGUGUUGGUAUUAAUCUACAGGUAAAUUGAAUUUGAGUCAGCAGCUACAGCAUUCUUUUCCCUGUUGUAGAAGAAAGUUGCUUCUUUUAAAAUAGUUUAGUAACAUCUGGCUUUGUGCAGAAGCUGUAGUGCAGAACACAAACUAAAUGCAUGACUUGAGAGACUUUGCAGUGAAAGGGUGGCAGAUGAGUCCAUCAUAGAGCUUAAGAACUUAUUUUCAGAAACUUAUUUUUCUGAACUUAUUUUCAGAAAGCUCAUUUUCUUUGAGCUGUGGUAAUUGACAAAUUUGGAAUCCUGCAUUUUCAUUUUCUUUAGGAAAGAGAUUCUCCUACUGUCCCUUGAAAUGACUAUCUUCCUGUAGAAGAGAGAAACAUGUGUACUUUUACUUAGCAAAUGUAAAAAUUGCAGGUGUGUAGUAUGGUUUUUUUCCCCCUCCCCCCCAAUAUGAAUUUCCUCUUUUCAUUUAUAAUAAAUAGAAAUACAUAUUUUAACUUUGGUUGUAAAUAGAAAAUUGAGUUAUCUUUUUAAACACUUUUUUUUAAGCUGUGGAAGACUUUCCAGACCUUUUAGUCUUUGUUGUCUUACAUUUGAAGAGUGAGAUGCUUGUAGUUAUUUUAUAUUUUGUUUCAAAACUUCUUUAAACAUGGUGCAGGUACAGUUGUAUUAUGUUACAAAACACUUCACUUAAUAGCAGGCCACUUGAGUUUCCAGUAACUUUCAGUGUUGGCACAACUCAGUGCUAAAUACUCAAAAUGUGAGUCUGAGCAGUGAGGAAUAUCUUGCUGCUUUAUCCAUUAUCUGUGAUUCUGCCUUUUUAUUCUGCUGUGGAGAUUUCAGUUAAGAUAUCAGUCUUUUCAGUUAGUUAUUAGAGUCUGAAUAUAUAAUUUUGUACAAGGUCAAAAGUUAAAGUGGCUUUUUUGGGACUUCACUGCUCAUUGUGUUGUGUUUAGAAAAAUCUAGAUUUUUUUUAACCCCCCCCCCCCCCGAAUUCUGUUGCAUAGAAUUCACUUUUAACCACCACCCCAUAUGACUUAAUUUUCCAUAGUCUUAUAUUGUCAGUAGUUUCUGUUGCUACAAUAGUAGCCAAACACUUUGUUGAGAAAUGGUCUAGUGGGAAAUGGAACUGGAGAUGAUACCUACAUACCCCAUGAAAGACAGGGCUCACUAGUGCCUGGUAUGGAACAUUAAGCUGCCAAAUUUCUGGUGGUUUGAUCAGUUAGACUUAAUAGAAGGGCACGUGUCUGUCAGUCACUUUAUGAAUUGUCAGGAUAACGAGAUGUGUACUAACCUACAGAAAUCCAAGCUUUAAAUGCACUGCCGUUUUCAUCAAGCUGUGCUCCCAUCUGUGUCUGCCUAGGACGGGGAAAUCAGACACACAAUUUUAUUAUAUUUAAAAUUCCCCUUUAGCUUGAAACAUGGGCAAAGACAGGCUUGUGGUGUAAAAUGAAAGGAUUUUCAUUUGAUCAUGUAAAAAAUUUAGUACACUGAGAGGUGGAACAGGUUUUCUAUUUUAUCUUGGAUGGAUGCAUUCUCUAAAGGUUUCUGAAGAUAACUUAAUAUACUAACUUCUUGAAUGAAUGAAAUAAUGCUGCUGCUUUGAAAGUCAAGUGUAAGCCUUUGUUUUUCUACAAUAAAGAAAUUGAAAAGA